GGGAAAGAGAAAACAGUCCUUCCACCUCAUUGGGCUUUGUGAACAGAACUGUCAUUCUGUCCCUUUAAAAUCAGACUCAGGUCGACCAUUGUCCAAGUUGUAGUUGGCGUUAGAAACCAACAUAAGUUUGCACUAUUUCCUUGUCGUCUGCGGAAAAUGUAAACGCACUCUAUAGUCUGCUUGUCCCAAAGCUGUUGCAGCAGACAGUUUGUUACUGAAUGUGAUUAUAAAUUCAAAGAGGGUGAUUAUUGGAUUUUAUUGAAAUAUGUCCUCUAAGAAAAAGGUAGACAGGAACUUGGAAGCUGAAAUAAAGAGCCUCUUCAAAACAUUCGAUAAGAAUAAUGACAAGUACAUAUCCAGUGAGGAGCUUGGAAAAGCCAUGAGGUUUCUAGGGUUAAACGUCACGAAGGCGGACGUAAAGGAAGCCAUGAAAGUGCUGGACAAAAACGGCAAUGGAAGGGUAGAAUUUGCAGAAUUUUCGGCUUUCAUGAAGAAGGAGUUGGAGAAAAAUCAGGCAGGCUCAGAUCAAGAGUCCAGUAUCCGAGCAGCAUUUAAAAUCUUUGAUAGGGACGGAAAUGGCGUAAUAGACGCCAAAGAACUGAAAUUCGCUAUGCAAAAUCUGGGCGAGAAACUGACGGAGAAGGAGCUUCAGGACAUGAUGAGGGAAGCGGAUGUAGACGGAGAUGGGAAGAUUAACUAUGAAGAAUUUGUGAAGAUAUGGACAGAAUCAAUGUAGAUCCUAAAUUCCAUAAAGUGGGAGUAUUUGUUACUUUUGUUUUUUAUGUUGAAAGGACAAACUUGUUAUCAGAGUGCCUUUAUCAUUUUGAUUUUACUAACACUUAGGUUGACCCUUCAUACGUAUCAAACUUACUCUAAAGUGUUAAUGGCAUGGAUAACAUACAGUAAACUCGUAUUUUUUUGAAAAUCGGUAAGGUCUGUAUUUAUUUCUUUGUGGAACUUGUACCUUGUAACUAUCCAAGGAUACAACAGAAAAACUUUGACCAGCAACAAUAUACAUUUUGUUAUUUAAUUUUGUACUGAAUACCACAUGGACUUAAUAAAAUAUUAAAAUCCAA